GAUCCCCUUGGCACCGGAAUAUUCGCCGCCUCACCUAUCUUCCGUUCGCGUACUCCCAGUGAGACCAUAUCUCCCAGUUGUCCCUGUAUGCUCACCAUGAGGUCACCUACUGCCUGGCAGAACGGCCAGCCCUUCGGCAUGAACGAUUCCGUCGGACUCCUUUCACCAACCGGUGACGACCUCGUGGCCGGCCAGUUUGACUUCCUGGAAGACUUUGCUCGGCUCGACGCCAACGCCCCCCUCGCGGACCCUUUUGAUCCUACCAGCACCAGCCUGCAUUCCUCUUCUUCCAUGCCAAAAAAGUCCAGUCGGCCGCCCAAAUUCUACAUCAAGUACCUCACGCCAACGCGCAAGAAGUCCAUUUCUGCUGGUGGCGGUGGCAGCAGUCAUAACAAGGACAGCAAGGAGAAUGGAGUCGCUGCCGCCGCCAGUGAGCUGACGUCAUCUCGGCGCAAAAAGAAAAGCACGGUGAACACUGACGAGGAGAGUCUCCUUAGCUGUACCACGCCUCGGACGCGAUCGGUUGAUGAGUCAGGCUCGCUCGUUCUGCCUUCUACUGGGUAA